AUGGCUUCCUCAACGAACACCCCGCAGCUCCCCCCCAACGUCCACGUCUCUCAGCACCCGUGCCUCCGCGCCAAGCUCUCGCAGCUGCGGUCCCAGUCUACGCCUGCCAAGUAUGUCAAGACGCUGGUGAACGAGAUCGCGUUGAUGGUGGCCUACGAGGCACUCGCCGCUUCGACAAAGGCGACAGACGGUCCUAAGGACGCUACACCGCUAGGCUUCGAAUUCAUCUCGACCGAAAUCACUCCCGGCAGCCUCUGUCUCGUCCCCAUCCUCCGCUCCGGCCUCGGCAUGGUAGAAGCCGUUCAAACCGUUCUCCCGAACCCCGUCCCCGUCCACCACCUCGGCCUCUACCGCGAGCCCUCGACCCUCGAGCCCGUCGAGUACUACAACAACCUCCCCAACCAGCUCGUCGCCGACGGCUCCAACGCCGGCGCCAGCGACCUCGCCAUCAUCCUCGACCCCGUCAUUGCCACUGGUGGCACCUGCGCCGCCGCCAUCCAGACCCUGCGCGAGUGGGGCGUCAAGCGCAUUCUUGUCCUCGCCGUCAUCGGCGCAGCCGAGGGCGUCCGCCGCGCCGCCGCCGAGUGGGCCGACGCCACCGACAUCUGGAUCGCCGGCAUCGACGCCGAGCUGACCCCCAACGGCAUGCUGAAGCCCGGCCUCGGCGACGUCGGCGACCGCCUGUUCCUCACCAUCGGCAAAUGA